AACAUAUAAACAGCCUCAUCCGAGAGUUCUACUUGCUGCUUCCCAUCCUCACCCAUCAACUACCUCACUUACUCAAGAGUCAAUAUCUCUCACUUACAUUGAAACUUCGUUUCCUUUUCCCUCUGUCACCAUCAACAUGAUGCCUCAACAAACUCUUGGGCCUCGGCCGCUUGCCCUUAACAAGACUCUCGAAAAGCGCCAGGCAGCCUCUGCCUUCUCACCCCCCUUGACGCCCCCUCAUCGGACAGACACGCACGCGUCCAAGACGAUUGAGCUUGACUUGCAAUCGAGCCCAAUAACUCGCGCUGAGCGUCCUCUGGUGGCCGUCAUUGGGGUUGGCUACGUUGGUACCCAUCUCGUCGAGACCUUUUCCCGCGGCUUUGAUACAUUGGGCUUCGAUAUUUCCGACAAACGCAUUUCCGAAGUUCAGCCAAUGUUCAAAGGAAACGAGCGCGUCAUGCUAUCUAGCAUCACCGAUGACUUGGACGAUGCAACCCAUUUCCUGAUAUCUGUGCCUACGCUGCUUCGUCCCGACCGCAGUGUUGACGCCUCAUAUCUGCGUAGUGCCCUUCGGACUGUGGCUACACAUGCGCGACGGGGCUCGACAGUCGUGAUUGAAAGCUCAGUAGCCAUUGGAAUGACCCGAGAACUUCUUGGGCCACUUGCAAAAGACUGCGGCUUCUUCGUUGGCAUGUCUCCAGAGCGUGUCGACCCUGGACGUACCGAGCCACCUGCUUACGAUAUCCCCAAGGUCGUUUCGGGCUUGGAUGACGUUGCUCCGGGCUCCCUGGAUAGCAUCCUGCGUCUCUAUUCGGCUGUGUUCAACCACGUUGUCCCAGUAUCCAAGCCUGAGGUCGCUGAGAUGACCAAGCUCUACGAAAACUGCCAGCGAAUGAUGUGCAUCGCCUACGCCAACGAAAUGGCUGACGCAUGUAUUCCCCAUGGCAUUGAUCCCUACGAGGUCUGCGGUGCUGCUGCAUCUAAACCCUUUGGGUAUAUGCCUUAUAUGCCCGGUCCUGGAGUUGGCGGCCACUGCAUCCCUAUCAACCCUUAUUAUCUCCUAUCAAACAGCAAAUUCCCCCUCCUCAGUGCCGCCACCGAAGCCAUGUGGCGGCGUCCUGCGGAUAUUGCGGCCCGAGCUAUCGAGACACUGGAAAACGCCGGCCUUGGCAAGUCUCAGCCACGCGUGCUCGUUGUCGGAGUUGGUUUCAAGCCAGGCCAAUCAACGCUCAGCAACUCGCCCGGCCUCGACAUCAUCAAGUCUUUGGCCGUGUCCUCCAAGGUAGACGUGAGCUUCGCCGACACAAUGGUUACUCAGGAAAUGGUGCCGCAGGUCAGUCGCCUUGACGACAGAGAUUGGAACGCCGACACAUUGGAGCAAUUUGACAUGAUUCUGAUCGCGAUGCGACAAGUUGGGCUUGACUACCAGCGCUCCGAACAAAACAAAACACUACCAAAUCAAAUCAAUAUAAAUCAAUACAAAACAAAUCAAAAUUGAAGCUAUUCAAAACAAUACUAGCCUACCGUUUUGUAUUGGUAAUUUUGGUAUAUUUUGGUAAAAUCCCCCCUGUCAGUCGGCCA